CUCAACUAGCCCACUCUUUCCAGAUGACGCUCACAGCUGCUUUACUCUACGUGUGCGCCUUUCUGGCGGCGCUGGCUUUUUUUCGCAGUCGUAAAUCUGCCAUGUUACCACCCGGACCUAAGGGCUGGCCUGUAAUUGGGAAUAUCUUUGACAUGCCAACGCACAGUGACUGGCUGACUUACGCUGAAUGGGGAAGGAAGUAUGGCCCCAUAUGUUCUGUGAAUCUCAUGGGGCAGCGCAUGAUCAUUGUCAACAACGCAAAAAUACUUGCCGAGCUUGACAGAAAAGGCGCCAUCUAUUCUGACAGGCCGCGACUAGAGAUGGCUGGUGAACUCGUUGGGUAUGCAAACACAAUCGUUCUCCUUCGAUAUAACACGCGCUUUCGCAAUUGCCGGAGAUACAUCUCGAAGAUGAUGGGCACGAUCAACUCAAUUCAAAAGUAUUUUCCGAUGGAAGAACACGAGACACGGCGACAUUUACAGCGCGUUCUAGACAACCCUGAGAAACUGAAUGAGAGUCUGCGCAAGACUUCCGGAUCAAUUAUAUUGAAGGCAACAUAUGGCAUCGACGUACAAGAGGAAAACGACCCCUUCGUGAAGCUUAUCGAAUCAUCAAACACGAACUUUGGUAUGGCUACUGUUCCAGGUGCCUUUUUGGUCGACAGCUUCCCUGUCCUCCGCCACCUACCAGAGAACUGGCCUGGAGCCGGAUUCAAACGGCUCGCGAAGAAGUGGGCUAAAGUAUUUGAUAGUGUUGUUGAGGUCCCCUUUGCUUUCACGAAGGGGCAAAUGGAUGCUGGCAUCGCUCCUCCUUCAUUUUUAUCCUCUGCUCUCACGGACAAAGAAAGUUUAUCACCCAGCGAACUUCUUGAUAUCAAGCACACGGCUGCUUCCCUAUACGGAGCUGGGGCCGACACUACAGUCUCGGCUCAAUAUGCUUUCUUCCUGGCCAUGAUUCUCUAUCCUGAUGUACAGAAAAAGGCACAGGCAGAAAUAGACGCUGUAGUUGGAAGCGACAGGCUCCCAGGAUUUGCGGACCGCGAAAUUUUGCCAUACAUCAAUGCCAUUGUCUCAGAAGUUUUGAGAUGGAACAACGUCGCACCUAUCGGCUUUCCGCAUACUGCCAUGGAGGAUGGCGUUGUAGACGGUUACUUCGUUCCUAAGGGCUCAAUUAUCAUCACGAACGUUUGGCAAAUACUGCACGACCCUGAGGUGUAUCCUAAUCCAUUUACUUUCGAUCCCUCUCGAUUUAUAGCCUCGACUGGAAAAGAGGUGCAGCGUGAUCCCCGGCAUGCGUGCUUCGGUUAUGGACGACGGUACUGUGCUGGAUCUCAUCUAGCUGAAGCUUCUCUUUUCAUAUGUAUCGCGAUGUCUCUCGCCGUCUUUGAUAUCACGAACGCCGUGGAGAACGGUGUUCCCGUUGUGCCUGUCUACGAGAGCAUGUCAGGUAUUGUCAGCCAUCCAAAACCGUUCAAGUACUGCAUCAAGCCUCGAUCUGAAAGGGCUUCGGCUCUCGUGCUUGCCGAUAACUUGUAGGAUAUCAAUUUCCUUCUCGUCAACUCGAUUGUUUGUCUUCUGUAUUGAAUACGUGUAACAUCAUAUGGCCUCGGUAUUGAUAUAUUGAUAUCUUAUUUGAAUCCUGAUAUGUCUUGGUUCUUUGGGUAAUUAUUGCUAUUUUCAAAAAUGAUGAGAUUCUCGAGAAAGAAAAAAAGUUUUGACAUGCCUAAUGCCAGCCCGAUCUCAGCCUGCGCCAUCUGAGACAAC